GGCCGCCCCGAGGAGGCCGCGGCAGGCGGACGCGCAGGGCGGCGGGCGGCCAUGAUGCAGUGAGCGCUCCCCUCCCCGCGCGGCCGGGCGGGGGCCGCCUCAGCGCCGCUCCCGCCCGCUCCUUACAUAACCCUCGGCGGCGGCGGCGGCGGGGCCGCGGCGGCAGCAGCGCCAUGGCGAAUGACAGCGGCGGCGGCGGCGGCCAGGGCGGCGGCCAGGGCGGCCAGGGCGGCGGCGGCGGCAGCAGCGAGCGGGACCGGCAGUACUGCGAGCUGUGCGGGAAGAUGGAGAACCUGCUGCGGUGCGGGCGCUGCCGCAGCUCCUUCUACUGCAGCAAGGAGCACCAGCGCCAGGACUGGAAGAAGCACAAGCUCAUCUGCCGCGGGGGAGGCGGCGGCGGCGGCGCGGCGGCGGCAGGGGGCGCCGCGGAGCCCCGCGGCGGGCACGCUCCGCCGGCCCGUGCCCGCGGCGCCGCGGCGGCGGCGGCGGGGGGCGGCGGCAGCGCGGGGGGAGCCGCCGGGGCCGGGGCGGCGGCCGGGGCGGGCGAGGCGGCGGCCGGGGCGGCGGCGGCGGAGGCCCCCGCCAAGGCGGCGGCGGCGGCGGCGGCCCCGCUGACUAACAACCACGUCGCGGCGGCCGCCGCCAGCGGGCCGGCGGCGGCGGAGGCGGCGGCGCCGGCCGGGGAGGCGGCGCUGCUGUACCGGGACAAGUCCGACCUGUACCCCGGCGGCGUGCAGGCGGGGCCCGGCGGCGCCGCGCUGCGCCCCAACGGGCAGACCAAGUCGCUGGUGCCGCAGCGCCUGGCGCUGGAGUACAUCGUGCCCUGCAUGAACAAGCACGGCAUCUGCGUGGUGGACGACUUCCUCGGCAAGGAGCUGGGCGGGCUCGUCGCGCAGGAGGUGCGCGCCCUCCACCACACCGGCCGCUUCACCGACGGGCAGCUCGUCAGCCAGAAGAGCGACUCCUCCAAGGACAUCCGCGGCGACAAGAUCACCUGGGUGGAGGGCAAGGAGCCCGGCUGCCAGACCAUCCGGCUCCUCAUGAACAGCAUGGACGAUCUCAUCCGCCACUGCAACGGCAAGCUGGGCAACUACAAGAUCAACGGCAGGACGAAAGCUAUGGUGGCUUGCUAUCCAGGCAACGGAACAGGAUACGUUCGCCAUGUUGAUAAUCCAAAUGGAGAUGGAAGAUGUGUUACUUGUAUAUAUUAUCUUAAUAAAGACUGGGAUGCCAAGGUAAGUGGAGGCAUCCUUCGGAUAUUUCCAGAAGGUAAAGCCCAAUUCGCUGAUAUUGAACCCAAAUUUGAUAGACUGCUAUUCUUCUGGUCUGAUCGCCGCAACCCUCAUGAAGUGCAGCCAGCAUUUGCUACAAGGUACGCAAUAACAGUGUGGUAUUUUGAUGCAGAUGAAAGAGCACGAGCUAAAGUAAAAUAUCUAACAGGUGAAAAAGGUGUGAGGGUGGAACUAAAUAAACCUUCUGACACGAUUGGGAAAGACGUUUUAUAAGCCUUUGAUUUAGCAACUUCCCUUGCUAUUCUCCCUGAUAAAUCUUGAUGCUAUCUAUUAACUUUUGAAUGUGAAUAACAAGAUAAAAGGAAAAUCGACAACAAACCAACAUUUUAAUAAAGAAGCAAACAGUGUUUCAAUGUUGCAUCAAAUAGAAGAUUUUUUGACUGUUGAAGCAUUGUACUAUGUGAUUGUGACUCCAGGCCUGUGGCUGCUUAUGUGAAGAAGAUAAGCAAUCAGUAAGAAACAGCAUAUGCAUCUGAACAUGAAAUAAGUGCCCUACAUAGAAUUUGUCCAUCCUUAUAUUUUGCCAGACCUGUCGUCCAGCUGAAUCCAAUUCAUCUCUCCCUUUUUUUAUAUGGUAAAAAUUUGAAUUUUGGGUAAUUUUUGUAUGACCAGGUACAGUUUAUCAAAAUUGAGUGUUUAAAAAAAAGAAAAAGGAAAAAAAAGAAAAAAAUUGCAGUAUUCUCCAAAAUAACAUUGAUCUAUUUUUGUAAAACUGUUCAUACUGUUCUCCUCUGCCAUGAAAGACCUAAUUUAAUAUAAGGGUUGCCAGUAACUGAUAAUCACUUUAAUUUUCUUUACACCUUAAGUCAGAAAAGGAGCACUUUAAUUACCAGCUAAAAACCUGAUUGUUUUGUAUUCAUAUCUCACACUAAUCUUAACUUUUAAAGAUUGCUGCUGUAUUGUUUUUUUUUGACUAUGUCCUCUUGAACCUUAUUAACAGAAGCAAAUCAAUAUCUCGCUAUUAGUAACAUUCAGUUUGUGGUUUUGUAUGUUAAAUCCACGGAGAGGAAGUUUCUGUCUCCUGUGUUUUUGGUUUUUGUUGUUUUUUUCUUCUAAGUGACUGGCACUAAGUGAACUUGACACUAUCGGUUGCUGUUAUUGGCUUUGGGGACCUGGUAAAUACCAUCGAGUUACAAGAAUACACAAGGGCUUUCCUAGGCUAUUAGAGGUACCCAGAACCUCCUUAUGUACUUGACAGAAAAUUUUGAGCUUUCUCCCUUUUCUAAAGAGUACCUGCCAUCCCCCUUUCCUUUGUAUAUAAGUUAACGAAAUACCGAAAAUACAUUUUUUUUCUUUCUUUCCAAAUGUUGGUGUCCCAUCCAGUCUGUAAGUUGACUCCUUGAUCUAUUAUAUAGUAUCAAGGAAAUGUUCAGCACACUGAAGCUGAAGUGCAUCACUGCAGGCUCCAUGUGCAUCUUUAGAUUUUCACUGAGCUGAAGGAUUUCCCCAGAAAGGCACUGCCCUUUGAUCAACACUGAGAUAUCUAUGUAGUAAACAAAUUGUUACUUUGUUUUACAUUGUUUUCAUUUUUUGAAGGAGAGGGGACAUCACAGACUAAAAGUAAUAUGUGCAGAAGCUGUGUUAUUCUUAUUUUCAAGAAAUGGAUGUUUUGGACACUUUUUUUUUUUUUUACCCUGAGCUUUAAAAGCUUGAGAAAACAAAAACAAACGCUAUAAAAUACAGCAUUCACACUUACAGGAGUUUGGGGGUUGAUCAGCUUACCCACUGCAAUUUUCUAUCUGUCCCUUAUUUCCCUACUUAGCCAAAACAAUGUGAGUGUACAGAAAUAUUUCUGUAUAUAUUACAACUUGUGACAAUUUUAGCAUCUGUAUAGUUUGUAUUCAAUUAGAGACCUUUUCUAUGGAAAGCUCAGUAAUUUUUUAUUAAAAAGAUUACUAUUGUUCAUGUAAAACAUGAAAAAGCUAAUUGUUUAGUAGCAAACUGACAGAAGGGGGAAAAAUUCAGUAUUAGUGUAUAUUUUAGGAGAACCAACAGAAAUUCCAGGUUUAUUUUGAUUUCACUUUUUUUUUUUUUUUUUAGUAAGUUCUUGCCCUUCACAAUUCUCUUCCUCUUUCCUCUUUUCUUCCUGGAAAAUCAGACAGGAUACCUUUACUGUAAGUGCCUCUGCCAACCUGGCCAAGGAGUGCAAAUCUUUACUACUGUCUGGUCUGCAGUGCAUUUAGGCUACCAAUGAAACAAGCCAAAAAAAAAAAAAAGGCAAAUAAAAAGAAAACCACCACUUCUACUUCAUCUUCUUUAAUACUACUUUAAUGGAGGUUUGGUUGGUUUUGUUUCGGAAAAGCAUAAGCCUUUAAACUUCAUUUCAGUCCCACUGUCAUUCAAACUUCUGCAGUUACACAACGUAUCAAAUUCUAACCAUGGUGUAGCUUGCCAGACAGGUUUAAAAAGUGCUUAAUUUUUCACUCCAUUUAAGUCAUUACAAUAGGGUCAACAAAUCAGGUCAGCCAUUUCUUCAAUAUUAUCCUUUAGAAACUGUUCAUUUCAUGUCGGUUGAAUAUUCAGUUUUAAGCAUCACCAAGCAGGUCCUUGUUCUAAAACUAUUUUUUAAACUGUCUUAUGAUCUGUAUGUGUCUAGUCCUGGUUAAAGAUACAGCUUCAUAAUGCUAUUUUUAUUCAUGAUGUUAGCCAGCUGUAAAAUACGAGACCUUUAUCUAUAGCAGGCAAAGAAAUUCAGGAUUCAUUUACAGGUUGCCUAUAAAGUUGUGUAAUUUGAAAAGCAGUGUUCAUUAUGAAAGAGCUCUCAAGUUGCUUGUAAAGCUAAUCUAAUUAAAAAGACGAUGUAUAAAGGUUCUUGAAAACAA